AUGCGAGGUUAUUUUACUGUUCUACAAGGCUCAUGGUUUUAUACAGCUGGUUUUAUUCUUUAUAGUCCAUUUCAUGAACAUUAUGAUCAAAGUAAAGAUCCUGAUUCACAUCGUACAACAAUGUUAAUCGCAUAUUAUUUUGUUCUCCAUAUAGCUAUUACACUUUUUAUAUUACUUCUCUUCUCUGUUCCAGCUUAUUUAGUUAGUAAACGUCAAUAUCAUACAAUAGAUUUUGCGGAAUAUGGAGAACUUUCAGUAGAAAAUAAUGAAGAUGAAGAAAUGGAAAAAUUCAAUGGUACAACAACACAUAUUUAA